GAGACAUGGGCAUCUGGUGAAGUGAUCAAAAUUUGGGAUCUCAAACGUUGUAUGGAUGCCUUAUGCGAUUUAGACGAUGGAUAAUACAACGCAGAAGUUCUUGGGGAAGAUCAGAUCUCUCGUGGAUUGGGAUUACUUCGUCGUCUGGAGGCUAAGUAAAAGGUUUGUGAAGUUGUUGGGCGGUUGCUGUGGCGGAGAUGAAGAGAUGAUCAGCGAUAAUAAUGGCGGAGAAGGGUUCCUCCGUGAUAGUAAGAAGAUGGACAUGAACAUGUUAAAAGAUGUAGCACAAGAUGAUGUUCCCCCUAGGAUGGAAGGUUUGACCAGCUCCAUGGGGACUGUUGCCUUGAAUAUGCAUCAUGUUGCUGAGUGUGGUAACCCUAGCUUGCUGGACAAGGAACAACAAGACGUGGAUGACGAGGAAGAACAUGAUGAGGACCAGAUGAUGGCUGAGAGGAUGAUGAGGAAGUUGCUGAAUGAUAGGCUCUACAAGCUUCGUUGUUUGGUUCCUAAUAUUUCCAAGUUGGACAAGGCAUCUAUCAUCUCAGACGCCAUUGAUCACAUCAAGGAGUUGCAGAAAGAGGUAAAAGAGCUUCAAGAGGAGCUUGAAAAGAAUUCAGACACUGCAGAUCAACAUAGACAAUGUGGAGGUAUGAGCUCUAUCGAUGGAGCUGACAAUGAACUCAUGAUGAAGGGUGGCGGUGUGUUUGAGUCACAGGUGGAAGUGGCUAUGGCCAAGGUAGAUGGAAGUUAUGAGUUUUCUGUAAAGGUGAUAUGUGAAUACGAACUAGGUGGCUUCACGAAGUUGAUGGAGGCUCUUGAUUCUUUGGGGCUCGUGGUCAUAAAUGCAAACACGACACGUUCUCUCGAUCUUGUCUCGAAUGUCUUCAAGGUCGAGAGAAAAGACGGUGAAAUGGUGCAGGCUGAUCAUGUGAGGGACUCGUUGAUGAAAAUAACCUGAAUAUCCAUCUGGAGGAUGGCACGAUGAUCAUCACCAUCAUGAUAAUGACCACCAUUACCAUCAUACCAUCUACCAUUACCACAACCAAAUUUAGCUUCCACCAGUGAAUUAACAAAUAGAUCCUUUUCUUGGCAAUUCCUUACAAAGUACAAAAGGCGGAAUCUUUUCUUUAGAAAAAGGCUUCUUGUACACUUUGAAGGAUUUUCUUCUUAAGAAAUAUAAAUAAAGGAACUGUAAGACCAAAUGACAAUGGCCAAUUCCAAUGAAGAAAACACGAUUUGUAAGAGGUCGAGAUGCGAACUCGGUCCUAAAACCAGUCGAAGAAGUGAGAGGAAUUAAGAAGAAAGUACUCUGGUUAUUUUUAUUCACUCUUAAUGUUUACAUGCUUUUAACCUAAGUAUAUGUAAUGAUGGAGAAAACGGCUAUACAGAAAAUACAUUAUGGC